UGAGUCUGUUGAAUGGAACCGUGAGUGAGAUUCACUGAAGUCUGCGCUCAAAAGGGAAGCGAAGGACAGCAGCAACAGCAGCAGAGGGACGGGCCAAACACAGGGACAUGAAAACACACGAAAAGAAAUGAAUGAGCGAGGAGAAGUGAAAGUCGAAGCGGUGAAGGAGAAGUUAUGAUCGCGACGAAUUACCGAGGAAGGUGAACGGAGAAACACCGACUGGGGAGGAGGGGGGAGACACAACAAAGUCACAAGUCCAGUUCGAGUCCUGAGUCCUUGCCAUGGCUGACGUGUUGGAGAGCAGCGGGGCCGGAGCCGUCGGGGCGGCCAGCGUGGAUUGGCAGAAACGCUGCGUCGCUCUGGAGAUGCAGCUGCUGAGGUUCAGGCUUCAGGCGGGUAAAAUCCGAGAGCUGCUGGCAGAAAAGAUGCAGGAGUUGGAGCAGAGGGUGACGGAGGCGGACCAGCGAGCUGAGAGUGCUGAGAAACAGAUCCAUGUCAUGGAAGAAAAGCUGAAGUCUGCAAACAUACAAACCAGUGAGUCGGAGAGCUCGUUGUACAGAAAGUGCCAGGACCUGACCAAUCAGGUUCAGGAAAAAGAUGCUGUAAUAAAGAGAUUAGAGACGCAGCUGGAAAAACAGAUCUUAGUCAGAGCCCAGGAGGCAAAAAUUAUUGAGGAAAAGGCUGCAAAGAUUAAAGACUGGGUCACCUUUAAGCUCAGAGAGAUGGAGCAGGAGAACCAGCAGCUGAAAAUGGCCAACCUGAAGCAGACAGAACAGAUAAUGUUGCUGCAAGACAAACUGCAAUCCCUGCUAGAGAAGCCUGCAUCCCCUGGAUCUCCUGCCACUUCCCCUGUAAUGGACACCCACCUGGUGCCCAGCAGUCCGCUGUUUCCUCCCAGCUGCCCCGACACGCCACCUGCCCAAGAUGACAGCUGGAGACAGGCAGGUCCGCGUGGGGCCCCUAAUAUCAAGACCCCAGCAACAGAUGUUAAAAGGACUCCUGAACAGGUCAGUAAAGGGAUUUGCUUCGGAGACCUCGCAGCCCACGAUGUUUUCUCUCAGGGUCGUUGCCGGGAGGCUCCAAACCCUGGUGGACCGGAGCUCUCAGUGGGCUCAGAGGUCCAGGCAGGAUGCUCUGACAGAGACAACUCCUCCGACGAGCUCAACAGCAAGUUCCGCUCUCAGUGCCUUCAUUCGUCUUCGUCCUCUUCGUCUUCAUCCUCGGCUUACGAGAUGGCCCACGGACCGAGCUCCCCAGAGUCGUCCAUGAGAAUAACGCCCAAAAGCCCGCUCCUGUCUCGCUCCCCCUCCACCAACAACCCGUUCCCCAACCCUCCCCAGCCUCAGUCGGGCACCAGCAUGACGCUACCGAAGGUCCGGACUCCGCUGACCCCCAGAGACAGCAUCCAGCUGGUGAAGAAGCACUACAGCCAGCCGCAGCCCAGCCUGGACCGACUCCACCACCUCAACUUUAACAUCGACAUCAUGACGCCAUCCUCCACCUACUCCACGCUGAAGAGCACCGCCACCGCCACCUCGCCUUUCUCUCAGGUCGUAGAGGAGACAGAUAUUGACGAUGGGCUCCCAGACAGCAUGGACGGAGUGGUGGAGGGUCCAGAUUCAGAGGAGCUAACCCACGAUGGGGUCUCCUUUGUGGGGCUCGCAGAAGAGCUGGAGCGGUUGGAUCCAGAAGUUCUCAAGCCGCCAACUCCACCUUUACAUCGCUUCCCUUCAUGGGAGAGUCGGAUCUACGCUGUGGCUAAAUCAGGAAUGAGAGUCUCAGAGGCCUGUCCUGGAGCCAGAGGCCCUGGACGAGGAUCCAACUUACCCCAGUAUCCCGCGGCAGGGCCGUUCACCCAGCUGAUCUACAAGAAUGUCAACGUACCAGUUUAUACCACACUGAAAGGGAAAGCCACUCAGAUCAGCAGUGUGCCUCUGCCGGACGAUGACUCCGGUUCAGAGGACGACAGCAGCUCUCUGGCCAGUUUACGAACCUCCAUCCUGAGUCCGGACAGGAAGAGCAGCGUCCCUGGAAGCCCACGGGCGGUCAAGAGAGGUGUGUCCAUGUCCUCCAUUAGCUCAGAGAGUGAUUACGCCAUCCCUCCUGACGCCUACUCCCUGGACAGCGACUACUCUGAACCAGAACACAAAGUCCAGCGGACCUCCUCCUACUCCUGCGAGAGCACUGGACCUGAGAUGCUGGAGAAGUCUGGAUACCUGCUGAAGAUGGGCAGUCAGGUGAAAGCCUGGAAGCGUCGCUGGUUCAUCCUGAGGAAUGGAGAGAUCCUCUACUACAAAUCUCCUAGUGAUGUGAUCAGGAAGCCUCAGGGUCAGAUUGAGCUGAACUCAUCCUGCUGUAUAGUACGUGGAGAAGGAGCGCAGACAUUUCAAUUGAUUACGGAGAAGAAGACCUUCUAUCUGACCGCUGAUUCACCCAACAUCCUGGAGGAGUGGAUCAGGGUUCUGCAGAACAUCCUCAAAGUCCAGGCCAGCAGCCCGGUUACCGUGGAGACGGCUGCAAAGCCCACAGUGAGAGGUUGGCUUACAAAGGUCAAACAUGGACACUCUAAGCUGGUGUGGUGUUCAUUGGUUGGAAAAGUCUUCUACUACUAUCGCAACCAGGAGGACAAGCUGCCUCUGGGUCAGCUGCAGAUGAGGGAAGCUUCAGUCCAGGAGGUGGAUCGUUCCUGUGAUUCAGAUGAAGACUAUGAGGCAGGAAGUCGAGGUUUCCUCUCCUCCCACUGCACCUUAGUGGUCCAACCCAGAGACCAGAGCCCCACAUACUUGCUCAUUGGCACCAAGCAGGAGAAGGAUACAUGGUUGUAUCACCUGACUGUGGCAGCCGGUAGCAGUGCGAUCUUUAAAGUCGGCACAGAGUACGAGCAGCUCAUCGGUAAACUCCUUGAUGCAGAGGGAGACCCUGACUCUGUGUUGUGGAAGAGCGAGGCCUUGAGCUUCUGUAAGGAGGGUCUGCGCUCGCCUCUCACCACUCUGCCCUCUGAAGCCCUGCAGACGGAGGCUCUCAAGCUUUUCAAGUCCUGUCAGCUCUUCAUCAAUGUCCUGGUCGAGUCUCCGUCUGUCGAUUACCACACCUCGCUGGCCCAGAAUGCUUUGCAAGUGUGCCUGACCCACCCAGAGCUGCAGAAUGAAAUGUACUGUCAGCUCAUCAAACAGACCAAUCGGCGGAUGCCACACAACUACUCUCUCACACAGUGUUGGCAGCUGUUGUCUCUGUGUGUGGCUCUGUUCCUUCCUCAACAACAUUUCCUCUGGUACCUGAGACAGUACCUGCAACACAAUGCGGACCCAAGGAGCGAGGUUGGGAAGUAUGCGGUUUACUGUCAGAGAUCUCUGGAGCGAGCUCUGCAGAACGGAGAGCGGGAGGCUAAACCUUCACGUAUGGAGAUAGUUUCCAUCCUGCUGAGGAACCCGUACCACCACUCACUGCCUUUCAGCAUCCCAGUUCACUUCAUGAACAACACCUACCAGGUGGUUGGUUUCGAUGGCUCCACCACAGUUGAAGAGUUCCUCAACACGCUGAACCAGAGGAUUGCCAUGAGGAAGCCACAGCUGACUGGCUUUGCCCUUUUCACUGAUGAUCCGUCUGGCAAAGACCUGGAGCACUGCCUGCAGUCGACUGCCAAGAUCUGUGAUGUCAUUUCCAAGUGGGAGCAGGCGCUAAAGGAGCUACAUCCUGGGAAAAAUGAAGGCACACGGAUUGUCCGACUGACAUACAAGAGCAGGCUGUGUUUCAGAUCUCAGGUAAAAGGAGAAACAGAGCGUGAGCGCCUCCUGCUGGCAUAUCAGGUGAAUGAUGAAGUUCAGCAAGGCCACUUCCCUGUGAACAAAGAGCUGGCUCUGGAGGUGGCUGCACUCAUGGCACAGGUUGAACAUGGUGACUUGGAGCGACCAGGAGCUUCUUCUCCCACCGGCUCUCCUCAGCCUAAAUCUCAGCUGAUUCUCCUGCAAGCAUUAGAACGCUUCUACCCCAAACGCUACAAACAGGACUGCAGCUCAGAGCAGCUCAGAGAUCUUUCUGAGCGUCUGGCCACUAAGUGGUCGAUGCUACGUGGGUGCAGUGCAUCCGAGUGCGUGAGAAUAUAUCUGACUGUGGCUCGGAAGUGGCCCCUGUUUGGAGCCAAACUCUUCAGUGCAAAGCCGGUCCCCCCUUCUCCUGUUGAGCAGAGCCAGGUGUGGCUGGCAGUCAAUGAGGACGGAUUGUGUGUGCUGGAUUACACAAUGCACACGCUGGUCACGUACUCCUACCAGUCUGUGAUUACCUUCGGUGGCUGUCGUGACGAUUUCAUGGUGGUCACGAGUCAGCAGAGGGAGCCGGGAGUCGGGAAGAAGAGCGUGGAGAAGCUGGUCUUUGCCAUGGCGAAACCAAAGAUCCUGGAGCUGACUCUGCUCAUGGCCAGCUACAUUAACCACUGGAACCCCAGCCUCCCUCCGGCCUCCCAGCAGCCCCUGGGCCACUGGGACGUCGACAGCAGACACUUCCCCUCCAUGAACUACACCACCAAGGGCCCGACGCUACUGUGAAGCACAACAGAGACUGUUUAACUACAGGGAGACACUUCACAUCCACCCGGAGUGCACUGGGUUGCAUUUCCCGGUUUUUACUCACACAAACAAGUACUCUGAGAUCAUUUUUUCAACUUUUUUAAGAUGAAGAUUUAGAUUUAGAAACGUCGGGAUCAGCCUUCUUAGAAUAUUUAAUUUAACAGAAGUGUUUUCACUCUGCUCUUCUUAGGUCACUCUAUUUGUUGUUGAAAUCGGACGUCAGACUCACGUUCGAAAUAUUGUAAAGAUCUGGGAAAUGGACGCUACUCGUCACACAUAAAUGAAAAUAAACCAGAGUUUAAAUUCAUUAAGGAGGUACUGGCUAAGUAGAAAGAGCUGAUGUUACAUGUGAGAGGACACAUUCGUAGAUUUUAGUGUCUUAAUUCGACAUAAUCCCAAUAUUAAUCUAAUUUAGGGCUGGAACUAACAAUUAUUUUCAUUAUAAAUUAACCUAAAUGGAAAUAUUAGCAAAUGUCUGCCACAGUUUUCCAGAUUAUUCCAAUUUAUUCACGAACAACAUAAAAGCCCAAAUAUGUCGAAUUUAACUUCAUAUAGAAAUUUGAAUGAGUAAACAUUCAUAUUUAAUUUGCUGGAAUUCGUGACUUUUUGGUAUUUUUGCUUAAAAUGAGCAUCAAAAUAGUCUGUGAUUAAUUUUCUGUUGAUUUAUUAAAUAUGUGUUUCUGCUCUUGCAAAAUUAGGAAAUUUAAGGAUCUGUUUGUUUGUUUUGUUGUUUCUUUUUUCGUAGUUUAGCUCAUUUAGCAGCAAGCAGGUCAAAGGAAAAUACUUAACUGUGCAAAAAUUGGUUCUAAAAGAGAAAUAUACUGUGUGAAUAAGCCCUCUGUGAAAAUGUCCAUUUUCUUGUCAUCCUCUAAUUACACUUUAUUCUGAAAACCACAAGAAGUACGCUAUAUAUUACUAAUUCCACCACUCAGUGUUUUAAUAAUCAACAGACUAACAAAUAAGGAUUUUGUUUUUUUAAAAAGAGCUACCAAAAUAUUUUAAUGACUUGAACUGUUUUGGAUAAACCACUGUCUUUUGCUUGUGUUCAUAUUAGUUAUUUAUUUUCUCUUUUUAACAUUUUUGGGGCUUUUCGCUUAAAAAAAGAAAUGUCAUUGUUGUUGUUUUUUUCCACAGUGGUCACGUUUGUGUGCGAGAACUUCCAGUUUCCUUUGUGUAGCUGAGUAAUUUAAAAGCAGAGUAUGUUUGGUUGCUGUAUUAGAAUGCGUUACAGAUGUUUAAUAGAUGGUGUCUUUAUGUCACUUUUAUGCGUGUGGUAAUAAAAUAAAUGGUACAAUC